AUGACUGAAGUAGAUUCAUCAAUACUAAAGUCAAACCAACAAAGACAUUUACAAUCACCUGUAUCAAAUCAUAUACAACAACCACCACAACAACAACCUCAGACAAUUUUACAAUCAAUUCAACCAUCUCCAGUUAUAGUUAAAACUUCAAAAGAAUGGGUAUUGCCACCAAGACCAAAACCAGGUAGAAAAUUAAAAGAUUGUAAAGAAAAUAAACAACAAAGGAAGAAGAAUUGCAAAAAACAAGAUUUACAACCACAACAAUCAUCUACAUUACAACAAGAACAAACGACGUCGAAAUCAACAACUCCACAAUCAAUCACAUCCCCAAUAUCAAAAUGUAUAUCGAAAGAAUUGAAAAAAGAUUUAAAUUCAGAUUUAUCAACUGUAUCAUCAUUAUUACAAAAUUUAUCAAUUAUUGAUUCAGAAAAUAAUUAUUUAAAAUCAAAUUUAUUAUGUCUUAUUCAUGAAUAUAAACAUUUGAAAAACUUGGUCUUAAAUCCAUCAACAUCUACCUCAAAUUCUACAAAUAAUCAAACCAUUUCUUCAUCAACUUCAACAACAUGUCAAGAUUCAACAAAUCAAUUAACUCAAUUAAUGAAUGCUACUUCUAUAAAUAAUUCAGAUUUAAAAGUUCACAAAAGAUGUUUUAAUGAAGUUAUAGAAGAAGAAGCAGUUACAUUAGAAGAAGAACAAUUGAUUCAAGAUCAAGAUUUUGCAACAAUAACAACAACAUCUUCACCAUCAAGCUAUGAUUCUUCAAAUAUAAGUACAACUGUAUCAACUCCUUCAACAAAUAUACUAUCAGAAUUUGAAAAAUUCAUCAAUAUUGAAGAAUCAAUAGAACCACUUAAGAAAUGUAAAACAAAUGAUUCCAUUAAACCAGUAAUAACAACCACCACCAAAAGUUUAAGAAGUAAAAAAUUUGCUCAUUAUAAAGAUUUUCAUAAAUUAGAUACAGAAGAAGAUUCAGAUUUAGAUAUAAAUUUUGAAGAUGAUGAAGAAUAUGAAGAAGAAGAAGAAGAUCAUGAUCAUGAUCAAGUAUAUUCACCAACUUCACAAUCAUCAAUUUCUUCUAAUCAAAAUGAUUUAUCUACAACUACAACAAAUGAAGAAUUAUCAAGAACAACCUCACCAUAUAAUUCUGAUUUUGAAACAAAUAGUUUAAUGAGUUCAUUAACAAGAUCAACAACAGUAUCUUCAAUAAAUACAGUUAUACAUGAAAAACCACCAUUAUGUAAUGUUCAUUCACAACCUUUUACUUUGAAAAAAAUGGGUCAAUUUUUUGAAUUACCUAAAACUAACCCAAAAAAGGAAUAUAAAUUUAAAUUUGAUCAAUUUGUAAUUGAUGAACAAAAAAGAAAUGAUGAUGAAUAUAAUAUGAUUACUGAUAUUUUAGAAGAAAAAUUAAUGAAUAAUGAAAUUAAUUAUUAUGUUUAUGGAAAUCAACAAUUUAAUGGAGAGAAUGAAAUGAAUGUAGAUUGGUGA